AGGCAGGGGAUAUCAUGGAGAUUUCGUCAAAAGAAAAUACGCAGUUUUUCUCGAACAACAUAGUCCUGCCAGUUGACCGAUCUUCCUUCAAAUCUGAAUCUUCUGCUUCCAAGGAAAAACAAUCAUGUUGUGGAGGCAUAAAGAUAUUUCUUGGUGCAUUAUCUUUUGUUUAUUUUGCAAAAGCACUGUCAGGAAGUUAUCUAAAAAGUACUAUCACACAAAUAGAAAGAAGAUUUGAUAUCCCUUCCUCUUUGGUUGGCGUUAUUGAUGGCAGUUUUGAAAUUGGGAACCUCCUAAUCAUAAUUCUUGUGAGCUAUUUUGGAGCAAAGCUUCACAGGCCAAGGAUAAUUGGUGCAGGCUGCUUAAUUAUGUCAGCUGGAACAUUCCUAAUUGCGAUGCCCCAGUUCUUCAUGGGACGAUAUAGGUAUGAAAGAUUUCCUUCCACCAUGAAUUCAACUGGUAGGCUCUCCCCAUGUCUGCAGGAAAAAAGCCAAAUUCCACACUCAGCCUUGGAAAAAUCUCAAGCCAAAAUAAAUGCAGGAUGUGAAAAAGAAGCUGGCUCAUCCAUGUGGAUCUAUAUUUUACUGGGAAAUCUCUUGCGUGGAAUAGGUGAAACCCCUAUCCAGCCUUUGGGCAUUACAUACAUUGAUGAUUACGCCAUUGAAGAGAAUGCUGCGUUAUAUAUUGGCUGCGUACAGACAGUUGCAAUUAUAGGCCCAAUAUUUGGCUUUCUUCUAGGAUCCCUGUGCGCCAAGCUUUAUGUUGACAUUGGCUUUGUAGAUCUGGACAGCAUAGCAAUAACUCACAAGGAUGUGCAGUGGGUGGGAGCUUGGUGGCUGGGUUACUUAAUAGCAGGUGUGAUUAGUGUUCUGGCUGGCAUCCCGUUUUGGUUCCUGCCCAAGCACCUACCAAAACCCGAAAGCCGAAAGGACUCCAGUACCUCUUCUGAGCAGUCAAAGUUCAUCACUGAAGAUAACAAGGAGCGACAGAAAUCUUAUCAGCAGCACGUGAAGAUUGCUGAGAUGGCAAAAGAUUUCUUGCCAUCACUGAAGAAUCUUUUUGGAAAUCCAGUUUACUUUCUGUAUUUGUGUGCAAGUAUCAUUCAGUUCAAUUCUUUAAUUGGCAUGGUGACAUAUAAGCCAAAAUAUAUUGAACAACAGUAUGGGCAAACAUCUUCAAAAACUAAUUUUGUUAUAGGUCUUAUCAACAUUCCUGCUGUGGCCUUUGGCAUAUUCUCAGGGGGGCUGAUCAUGAAAAAAUUCAGAAUCAAUGUCUUAGGAGCUGCAAAACUUUCCCUGGGAUCAUCUUUCUUUGGUUACCUUUUGCUUCUUUCAUUAUUCGCUAUGGGCUGUGAGAACUCAGAUGUGGCCGGGCUGACCGUGUCUUAUCAUGGAACCAAACAGAUAACUCAUUAUGAGCAAGCUCUGUUUUCAGAGUGUAACUCAGGCUGCUUAUGUUCCAAAAACGACUGGGAUCCUAUAUGUGGGGAAAAUGGAAUUACCUACAUUUCUGCUUGUCUUGCUGGCUGUCAGGCAUCCAAUGGAAGUGGAAAAAACAUUGUAUUUUAUAACUGCAGCUGCGUGGGAAUUUUAGAAUCUCCUUCAAGAAGCCUCUCAGCCGUGGUGGGACCAUGCCAAAAAGGAAAUGAAUGUCCAAAAAUGUUUCUGUAUUUUCUGGUAAUAUCAGUUAUCACUUCAUAUACUUUGUCAAUAGGUGGCACACCUGGAUACAUACUACUUCUAAGAUGCAUUAAACCACAUUUGAAAUCAUUUGCACUUGGGAUCUAUACCCUGGCAAUAAGAGUGCUUGCUGGAAUUCCAGCCCCAGUGUAUUUUGGAGUGGCAAUAGACACCACUUGCCUGAAAUGGGGAAGCAAAAGAUGUGGAGGAAGAGGAGCAUGUAGACUGUAUGAUUCCAGGGCACUCAGAUACGUAUAUCUGGGACUGACUUUGGUGUUGGGCACCAUGUCCAUUUUCUUCAGCAUCGCAGUCCUUUGGGUCCUAAGGAAAAGGUCUGCUCCACAAGAUGAGACUGUGCCAGCCAACAGGAGAGGCGCUGGUUUAACAAAGAAGAGGAAAGAUAACUUUGUCAAUAGUGACCAUUUAAUUCAGACAACUUACUGGCCAGAAAAGGAGACUAGACUUUAAGAAGAUUGAGAUUUUGACAGUGACUUUAUCUAGUGAGUGGUGUUCCAGGCAAAAAUUUAUCAUCAUUGAAGAUCUUGAAGUGAGUUUAGUAUCCUCUCUGAAAAUGUUCAUAUUUAUGUAAUUUUUAUUGUAAAUGCAAAAAACAAAGGACAAACAUUUUAGAAUAUGUAUAGCUCUGAAAACACUGCUCAGCAUUUGUCCUACCAAGUAAGUGAAACUCGACAGAGGGAAUUUGCUGGGGCUAAGGGGGGCAGCUUGCUCCCUUGCUGAAAAACAGGUUUUAUGGCUGCCCCUCAGCUCCAUUUCUCCAGGUCUAGCCACAACAACCACUGCUGCCCCUUCCCUUCUGCACAUGAGAAGUGGUGCACAGGCUGCAGAACCUAGCUAUAGUGCUCUCAGCCUUACUAACA